CAAGAGAUUGUAACUGCAUUCGGCGGAAACACAGAAUGCAAGAAAAAGAAUAGUCGAGGAGGCUCUGGCGGUUAUAUCUCAGGAACAAUAAUACUUUCUAAGCGAACAACCACUUUUUUUACAAUCGGCGGUCGCGGAAUCUAUACAUACAAAAUUACAGAGGAACAAACAGAGCGAUGCUAUAUCCAAGAAAAUAUGGUUGCUGGAGGAUAUGGCGGUGGCGGAUACGCAGCUAAUUGGUAUCGAAAUGAAGUUGAUAAUGGCUCAGGGAGCGGAGGCGGCCAAACAUGUGUCAAAUUUGAGAAGAACGAUCUCUGGCAUCGCGUUAUUGUAAGCGGCGGCGGUGGUGGCUCAGACAAUAGUGCUAGCGUGAAUACUGAGUUUCGAGGUCCAGAUGAUGGCUCAGGAGGUUCAGGAGGAGGAAUUAUUUCGCAAGGUUAUUGGGUAGAUGGAAAAUAUAAUGGCGAAAGAUUGGCAAAUUCUUCUUUUGGCUUCAGUUUUGGAUAUGGAGAAUCUGCACGACAAUAUUCAUCAUUACAUGAGCACGGUGUUAAAUCUGCGGAUGGUACAAGUGACCGUCCAGGUGCAGGAGCUGGUUGGUUUGGCGGUUUUGCAGGAUUGAAUAGAAAUGGAGGUUCAGGAGGAGGAAGUUCAUGGGCACUAACUAAAGCAUUAGAUUACCCCAGUGGAAAUAUCACAGUCUACGAUAGUUUUUAUAAAAAUAUUGGUAGUCAACCAUAUGCAUUCAACUCUAGUGAUGGUUAUUUCUUCAAUGAUAUUCGAAACUAUGCUGGUAUUUGGGAAGGCAACGGACAACUCAUUUUAACAAUUCUCGACACUUUGAAAUGUCCCACUUUCUAUUCAUCAUAUAUCCCUUCUUCAAUAUUAUUCACUUUUAUCAUUUUAGGAUUAA